AUGGACACUAAUCAAUGUGCAAAGGUGUGGGAAGGCAUGAAUGCCCAUGAAUCCAAGAAGCAAUUCAUAUGGUACCUCGACGAAUAUGCGGUCACACCCUCCGGUCGCCAAGAUUGCAUUUCGCGUUGGAAUAGAGGAGGUAGCAAGCUCAUGGCGAUAGCAGCGAACUCCGUCCAAAAUGAUAUUUUUGUACUCGCGUACAAUACGGACGGUCAGCAAAAGUUGCACUGCUCGCUGUUUAGAUUAAGCACCACAACGCGUGGUAAUAAAGUGUACGAAACCGGCCAGCAAGUUCUUAUGCAUCUCAACCAAUGCAUUGCAGGCAAAACAACAAGGAUCGAAACGACCACUCGUGCUGAGAUUCUGCGGGAAACACUACCCGGCAUCUCGGCAUUUGUCCACACGGGGCCGUUGCCCAUCCGCAAAAUGGAGACAACCGGACAAGUAUGCCGACUAUUAGCAUUGUUAAUUAGCUCGGCAUCCCAGAUCCCAACCCAGGAGAUACACCGUGUGCUUCAGGUGGACAUACAUGACGACAGCAACAUAGACACGAAUUAG